UCCUCCUCCUCCUCACCUUCGCCGGGCGCCGCGCCGGGUGACCCAGAUCGCGGCGGCGGCGGCGGCUCCGUGUCCCUCCCGGCUGGAAGGACGGCUCGGGACGGCGGCUGCGCUGCGCUGCGCCGCGGGCAUGGAGCGGCGCGGAGCGCACUAAUAUCCCCUGUGAAGAAGAGGUCUUCAGUGAUCAAUAUAUUACGGCUCUAGCAGCACAGACCAAACCAUCACCAUGAAACACUUCCUGAGGAUGUUUGUCCAGGUAUGCCUGUACUUCUACUGCAAAUGCUUGUGGCGCUGCCUGAAGUUCGUGGUCAGGAAACUAACAGGUCAAUGUGAAUUGCAAAGGAUCUGUUACAACACCAAACCUGGAGCUGCCAGAACCAUGAAAAUAGAGGCAUCCCUGAAAGGUUCAAAAAGUAAGCGGCUGCAAACAUCAGUAAAUGUUCACCCUGAUGCUAUUGAAAAGACGAUAGAUGACAUCAUGGAGCUGAAAAGGAUUAAUCCUGAUGUAAAUCCACAGUUGGGAGUGUCUCUCCAGGCAUGCCUGCUGCAGAUUGUGGGCUACAGAAACCUCAUUGCAGAGGUGGAGAAGCUGCGCCGAGAGCCGUACGAUUCGGAGAAUCCGCAGCACGAGGAAAUGCUGCUGAAGUUGUGGAAAUGCUUGAAGCCGAAUUCACCGCUGAAAGCUCGGAUUUCGAAGCAGUGGUGUGAAAUUGGUUUCCAAGGUGACGAUCCUAAAACAGACUUUAGAGGAAUGGGUCUCCUGGGCUUAUAUAACUUGGUGUAUUUUGCUGAAUGGGACACUGAGAUAGCUCAGCAAGUUCUCACUGAUUCUCUUCACCCUAAAUACAGGGAAGUCACUAAGAAGGAACUAAGGUAUUUUUUUCUUUUUUCUAAGUUUUCUGAGACACUACAUGUAAAUAAAGAUCAAACUACAAUUUGGUGUGUUAUAAUCUUAAAGUCUUUGUUGCAACACUGGGAGAUCCACGUUCUUUCCUUUAGACCCAAACUGGGCAGGGGAACACUGGGUACAUAUGAACAUGCUUAUAUAUCAAAAAUGAAAUCCACCUUGAUAUUGUUAAAGUGACUGACUUGAUAAUCAUAAGUAGUCUAUGCCAAAUAUUUGUUAGUAGAGCUGAAAAGCCCCUUUAUUUAUAGUCACAUAUUCUGUCUGCCUUGACUAAUGGUGGUUCCAAUGUGGUUACUCCAUUGUCCUGGCUGUUCAGAGAUCAGGAACCUGCAAGUGUCACAAACUGUGCUGUAGGUAAUUUGUCAGUAAGAGACUCCAUAGUUAUUGGGGAGUGGAGGCCUCUUAGCCAGUUACAUAGAAAUCAGUUCCCUGAAAAGACAUUUUUCUUCUGCCAGUAGUGUUAGAUAUCCAUAAAGCUGGUGCACACCUAAGUCCUGAAGCUUUUGAUCUCCUCAGGGUUCUUGUUUUUUUUUUUUUUUUUCCUGUCGAGUUCCUAGUGAUAAUUCUGUGACAAAAAGCCCUUGGAACACAUUAGUGUGCUUCAUUUGCAUGUUUGAUUACCAAGGGCAGUCUUGGAGUGCAGUGUGAGCAUGUGCAAUUUCUGUGCCUUGACAGAGCAUUCAGUAGAAGAUAGAUGCUGCAGGUGGUGCCCAUGGUGAUCUUCCUGGUGUGGUUGCUUAGCAGCUGUGCUGUUUUCUGAUGGGAUCAAUGGAUUUCCUAUCUCAGUUGAACUUUUUCACUUGCCCACAUCCUAUGUGUGCCACAUUUAUUAUUCAGUCUUUACCUGGGGUUUUCUAACUGGUGUUAUUCCACAGCCUACAAAGAUGGUUCAGAUUUUAGAGGAUGAGCAAGUAAUAGGGUAUUCCUGCCUGCAAAGUUAUUUAGGAGCUGAAGUUUCUGUCCUUAUGCCAGCUAGUAACCCUCAGGUCACAAUGGCUGUGAACCUAUUAGCAUCUUAAGUAAUUAUUGAUAACAAUUUUUAUAUACUAUAUUUACAUGAAGCUCAGGGAAUUGUUUUUAGUGUAAUUUAUACUUACUGAAGUUCAAGAAUAGUCUAAGAACAAUGCUUUAUAGACACAAAGCUGUCUAUAAUUUGGGACCUAAAGCUUGCAAACUCUGAUUUGCCUUACUAGGGCAAAAUUUCCACAGCCAAGUCAAGGCUGUAGGCUCCUGGUUAGGGUCAGUUCUGUGCCUGCCUUUAGCUGGUUUCAAAUGCAGGCAAUGAUUUCUGCUAAACUUGCUCAUCUCAGUAGAUUCAAACCUGGUUAGUGGGAUGUUGGCUGACUGGUUGGAUCACACAGCUCUUUUAAAUUGUUGAAGAGCUGAAAUUUAGUUAAAAAUGAAUCUGUUCCCUGACUAAUUUUAUUUCAGGAAGGCGUCUUCUGUGUCCUUGAAAAGCACUGCAUUAUUGUGCCAAAUAAUAGGAAACUCUGUUCCUUAUCUUUGGCUGUUGAGUGAUUUCUAAUUUGGCUGGUCAUAAAAAUUUACUGUCAGAGGGGUAUUUUCAUGUUUGCUGCCUCUGGUGAAUCAUGCCUCAUCAUCAGUGAUGAGUAUCACGAAUAUCUCUGAAAACACAAAAGAGCUAAAACCAUCUUUGAUUAGUUAAAUAUAAUUUACAACUUCUUGUACAGCUCAAGCUUAACUGAAGUGGUUCACCUUUGUGGUCAAUUUAGAAAACAAUGAGUUUUUGCUGAGAGCAUAGGUGCAUUUUGUAAUGGUGAGACCAGUUUGUUGGCAAUGCUCUAAACCAGUUACUCAUUUCAAGUCUGUUUCUAUCAAUCCAUUCAGCCAGAAGGAGUGUUAAAUGGGAUUAGCCAUAUCAAAGAAGAUAAAAUAUCAUGUUCAGGCAAUAUUAUAGCAUCAGAGAAGUUGAAAGAAAAUAUUUGUCAGUUAGUAAUGUUUGGCAAUAUCUGGAUUUUAACUAUUUUUU